AUGGCGGCUCACAUGUCGAGGUGUAGAACCUGGAGUGGUGUCCGGAGGUUUGGUAUCGCAGCCUACAGAAAGUAUAGUAGUGGUGGUUCAUACCCAAAUAUAUCACUGUCAACGCCACUACCUGGGAUCCCCAAACCUCUGUUUGCAUCUGUUGAUGGACAUGAAAAAUAUGAAACCAAGAUAACCACUUUAGAAAAUGGCCUCAAAGUGGCUUCUCAAAACAAGUUUGGCCAAUUUUGCACAGUUGGAAUUUUAGUAAACUCUGGAUCAAGGCAUGAAACAAAGUAUCCCAGCGGAAUAGCACAUUUUUUAGAAAAACUGGCAUUUUCUUCUACAGCACAGUAUGGAAGUAAAGAUGAAAUUCUCCUCACCCUUGAGAAACAUGGGGGUAUUUGUGACUGUCAGACAUCAAGAGAUACCACAAUGUAUGCAGUAUCUGCAGAAGUGAAGGGACUGGACACAGUGGUCAGUCUUUUAUCAGAUGCAGUGUUACAGCCACGUCUUUUAGAUGAGGAGAUUGAAAUGACACGAAUGGCAAUACGCUUUGAGCUAGAAGAUCUAAACAUGAGGCCAGACCCCGAACCUUUACUUACUGAGAUGAUCCAUGCUGCAGCAUACAGAGGGAACACAGUAGGAUUACCACGAUUUUGUCCAGUUGAAAAUAUUGACAAAAUCGACAAGAACAUCCUUCAUAACUAUCUUCGCAACUAUUACUGUCCUGAGCGCAUGGUCCUUGCUGGAGUAGGUAUUGACCAUGAGCAGCUUGUGGAAUGUGCUAAAAAGUAUCUGCUAAACGUGAAGCCAGCCUGGGGCAUUGGUGCGCCACCAAAUGUGGACAUGUCUGUGGCACAGUACACUGGAGGAAUCAUUAAGAUGGAGAAGGACAUGUCAGAUGUGAGCCUAGGCCCAACCCCUAUUCCAGAGCUCACACACAUCAUGAUUGGCCUGGAGAGUUGCUCCUUCUUGGAGGAAGACUUUAUCCCAUUUGCUGUGCUAAAUAUGAUGAUGGGUGGAGGGGGCUCAUUUUCAGCUGGAGGGCCCGGUAAAGGAAUGUUUACCCGCCUUUAUCUAAAUGUACUGAACAGGCAUCAUUGGAUGUACAAUGCUACAGCAUACCAUCAUAGUUAUGAGGACAGCGGACUACUUUGCAUCCAUGCAAGUGCUGACCCCCGACAGGUGAGAGAAAUGGUGGAAAUCAUAACCAAAGAGUUUAUUCAAAUGACUGGCACUGCAGGGGAGAUGGAACUUGAGCGAGCCAAGACACAACUCAAGUCGAUGUUGAUGAUGAACUUAGAGUCUCGUCCUGUAAUUUUUGAGGAUGUUGGCCGUCAAGUUUUGUCCACCGGAAAAAGGAAGCUACCGCAUGAACUUUGUGAAUUAAUCAGCAAUGUGACGGCUGCUGAUAUCAAGCGCGUGACCACAAAGAUGCUGAGGAGUAAGCCUGCAGUGGCUGCUCUGGGAGACCUGACGGAGCUGCCUUCAUAUGAACACAUUCAAACCGCUCUUUCCAGUAAAGACGGACGACUGCCGCGCAUGUACCGCCUCUUCAGAUAG